AUGGGAUCCACAUCGAAGCAGAUAUUGGCAAGUAUCGGCUUCAAUGACGCAGUUGUUCUGCUCCUGGGAUUCUUCUCUUUGUUUGCAUUCUCAAGAUAUAAUGUGCAUUGGUCAUGGACGGUUCUUGCAACUCUCAUGAUUCUUCCUGGAAUCAUGGGAGUUCUGCCGAAACUGCGAGUCAUUGCCAUUCUCAACAAACGAAGACAAGAAAGAAGAGCGAAGGAGCAAGCAGAGAAGAUCAGCGCUGGGAUCAAAUCUCCGCCCAACGACACUUUCCGCAGGCUGAACGCCGUCGUAGUUCCGCCGAUCAACAUUCCUCACUUGAACCUGGGCCCUUUCUCUGCAAGGAUCUCGAGAUGGACUUCAGGGCUGAGGAGACCACACCCCAUCUCAGAACCCUCCUCCCCCUCUGCGCUGAGCCCUGUAAGCGCGCACGACUUUGAGAGGAGGCUGUGGGAGAGGCUUCAUUUCUCCGGCAACAAGUACGAGUUCUUCUCUUCCACUAAGUUUGCUGGUUGUCUCCGCGAAGAUGAGUGCGACGAGCUGUUCAACCUGUGUACGUGGAGCUCGGUUGAAGCUGGAGAGCUUCUUACGGAGAGCGGACUUGUCAUGGUUGUUGACGGAUAUCUUGGAGUCUACCACAAGGAGGAUGAGACCGAAGAAGAGUUUCUCAACUACAAGUUGUCUCAGGGAGAAAGCAUCGGAGAUCUUGAGCUCAUCUACAUGUCGGACGUUCGGACAUGUUCCGUUCGAGCGCUAACCAGUGCAACGAUCUUGAGGAUUUCACAAAACGACUUCAAGACGUUCUGCACCAAGGUGAAGCUGCUCGCACUUGGGCGCCUACAUCGCGUGUCCUUCUUCGUGAUGGCUGAGUUCCUGGAGAUGUCCUCCCUCAACUCCAACGUCGAUGCUGUAACGCUCGAAGACGAAGAGUCCAACAUGUUGCAGAGCGCCUUCAGCUCGACGUAUCAAGAGCUUGUGCUUGAGGUGUCUGAGGGUUCGCAGCUCUUUGAAAGAGGACAAGCGUGUUCCAAGCUCUUCGUCCUCCUCGAUGGUUCCGUCGAGAUCACAACAGAGGUGAAGGUUGCUUCCUUCCAAGCUCCAUGCAUCAUCGGAGCACGGAACUUCUGGACAGCCGAGAGGCAUCAGGAGACUGCGACCGCUAUAUCUCGUUGCCGGAUCGCGAGUUUGACGAUGGAGGAGCUGAUGAGGAUGGCUUCUAUCGACGGCAAGACGUUUGUCGAGUUUGUGCUCGUGGCUGCCGGGGCCAUCUUCCCAGUCAUCCGCGACUUUCUCAGCAUGGGCUUGAGCAGGCACUGGGUCAACGUGGGAGACUUCAUCUUCAGGGAGGGAGACCAGGUGAUCGACGGGCUCUACAUCCUCAUCACUGGACGAGUCAAGCUCAAGAGCAGGAGUUCGGAGGCCGUGAUCGAGCUUGGGCGAGGUGACAUGCUGGGCGAGGAGGCAUUCCUAGACUCUCAGGACAACUUGAGAAGCAUGAGCGCGGUGUGCAUGCGAGAUUGUGAGCUCGUGAAGAUCUCCCCCAAGAACUUCGAGCUGAUCUGCAAGCGCGUUCCUAGUGUGGCCGUCCGGCUGCUGCGUUCCAUUGCCAAGCGCCACAUUCUAGGGAGAGGGAGUCAUGCAAGCGGAAGGGCGCAGCAGGAGCAGCGCAUUGCGGGCCAGAGUUUGACUGCGAAUCUCGCCACGAUAGCGCUGCUGGCAGCCAACAGGGAGAGUGCGGAGCAUCUUGACAAGGUGGUAUCGUCGUUGGAGGAGCAGCUCUCUCGGUAUGGAUCUGUGCUAGUUCUGGACGUGGACAAGAUUGAGACGAUACUCGGGGUAGACACAAUCAGUCGCCUCCACCUCGCCUUCUAUCGCACCCGUGUUUCUUCUUGGAUCGUGCAGCAGGAGGAGGACCACAGGUUCGUGAUUCUCAAGGGCAGCCUCAGCAACCCCGCAUGGGAUCAGGUUUGCGUGAGCCAGGCAGACUGCGUCCUCCUCGUCGCCCUCCAUAGCUCACUUCCCACGAUUCUCGAGCACGAGCGAGUCUGCGUGUGGAAUGGCGAGAAUGGAUGCGUCAGGUCGUAUGACGAGACUAUUCUGGAUGUGAGAAGGGAACUUGUGCUGCUCCAUGAGAACCUGGCAGGCAAGACACUUCCUCCUAAGAUCACGAGGAUGUGGUUGGAGGGCAGGCCCGGCUUGACGCUCCAUCAUCACAUUCGGCUUGACGUGCAGGCAGACAUGGAAAGGCUGGGGAGAUAUCUUGCUGGUCGAGCAGUUGGCCUUGUGCUGGGAGGUGGAGGAGCGAGGGGUCUCGCGCAUCUUGGAGUCCUCCGGGCCAUGGAGGAGCUGAAAGUUCCUGUUGACUUCAUAGGGGGAACGAGCCAAGGCGCCUUCAUGGCAGCUCUCUAUGCGCAGCAUCAGGACACUGCCAAGAUGGAUGAGCCUAUCACCACGCUCUCGCAAGGGAUCGGGAGUGUGACAAGUCUGAUGAGAGACCUCACGCUCCCCCUGCUCUCCAUCUUCUCGGGCAAAAGUUUCUCCAAGACGAUACGCGAGGGACUGGGGGAAGGAGACAUCAGGGACACUUGGAUCAACUUCUUCUGCAUCUCGACCUGCAUCAAUGCAGACGACCCACUAGGUUACAUGCGGGUCCAUAAGAAGGGGAAGCUAUGGCGAUACGUGCGAGCGAGCAUGACGCUAAUCGGCUUUCUUCCUCCCGUGUGGGACCGCGGAGACCUCCUCGUGGAUGGGGGGUAUGUGAACAACCUGCCGGCAGACAUCAUGACGCAGUACGGAGUUGACACGAUCAUCGGAGUGGACGUGGAGGACAAGGAGAACAUCCUGAGAGGUGAAGUGCUGACGCCCCUGGACGACCAUGUCAGCGGGUGGUACGUGCUGUGGAGGUACGUGCUCGAGAUGCUGGGCGUCGGAGGGAGUCGACACAUCUGUCGGCAUCGGGACAUCACGACAGCUCUUUGCUACAUCACGCAUAUGACGCAGUUCCCUCGAGCAAAGGCGAUCCUGGACCUCAAGCUCGAGCCGCCCUGUGCAGACAUCGGGUUGCUCGACUAUCACAAGAAGGACGAGAUCGUGGAGCGAGCCUACAAGUACGCAUACGAGGAGCUGAAGAAGUUCGUCCAGCGAGGAGACGCGUCAUGCCGCAGAGACUCUCUCGGUCUCGCCAAGUCGACGACGAUGCCGAUGAUGGGCAUCGAUCGAGUGCCGUCGAUCCCUUGGAAGGAGGCAGCCACAUCGGGCCCCAGCGACAAGUCAGUUGCCGGCCCGAUGGAGGAUGGGGCGAAGGCCUCGGUGGAGCUGUUGAGCGAAGCCUUCUCGCGCACUCCCGUGCUGAGGAAGCGACGAGAGGGAGACUGGAAAGAGGAAGAUUGA